AUGACUGGCGGUCUCAAAUCUCGGGAAUACCCUUCUCUCCUAAAACCCCUCUAUCGGCUCCGUCUGUUUUGUACAUUCCUCCGUGCCCCUCCCUUCUUCUCCACGCCUCGGACCACGUUACGCACGGUCCCACCGGAAGCAAAGGAGCCACAACGUCGAUUAGUUGACACGAAUCCCCAUUUCGUCGAGGCGUUCCUCAGCGCGAUUGAGACUCACACAGGACUAAGCUGCAUCCUGCGACUUGGCUCCUCACUCGUGGCUGCUCCUUUGAUCGAAAGGAGUUGCCGCAAUCAUCGCCGCAAUCCUGGAUCCCAAAACGGAAAACCGAGAUCUAUCCUCGGAGGAGCGCCAGACCACACCAUCCAGAAUGGCGGGAACUCAGCGAUAUGCCCGCUACAUUGUGUUUGCGAUUGCGCGUUGAUAUUCUACUUCACUUCAUCCGGAGCGCGGACUCGGAUACAAAAUGUUGGCGAUAUCAUACAUGAACAAGGGAUAUCCCACACACCAUCCGCGCCAUCCGCGGGCGGAACGUCGGAGAAGCCGGGGACAACUCCAAAUCCUCCGAAAGGACUCCCACCUGCGGCGGCCGAUGGUUCACGAAUGAACGCGACAUUCGUAACCCUGGCCAGGAACACCGACAUCUGGGAGAUUGCCAAAUCCAUCCGCAACGUCGAAGAUCGCUUCAAUCGGAACUAUAACUACGACUGGGUGUUCCUAAACGACGCGGAGUUUGACGACACAUUUAAGAAGGUUACUACCAGCCUCGUUUCCGGGAAGACCAAGUACGGGCUUAUUCCCAAGGAACACUGGGGAUUCCCGGAAUGGAUCGAUCAAGACAAGGCGGCAAACGUGCGCGAGGAUAUGCGUGAGAGGAAGAUCAUCUACGGCGACUCCAUCUCAUACCGACACAUGUGUCGAUAUGAGUCGGGAUUCUUCUUCCGGCAUCCGCUCAUGCUGGAUUAUGAGUGGUAUUGGCGCGUGGAGCCGUCCAUCGAACUGUACUGCGACAUUCAGUACGAUACGUUCAAGUAUAUGGCCGACCAUGGCAAGAAGUACUCCUUCGUCAUUAGUCUUUACGAGUAUGUUGAGACUAUCCCCACUCUAUGGGACAGCGCGAAGAAAUUCAUGCAGAAGCACCCGGAACACAUCGCAGAAGACAACAGCAUGCAGUUCUUGAGCGACGACAACGGCAAGACCUAUAACCACUGCCAUUUCUGGUCGAACUUCGAGAUCGGCGACCUCAACUGGCUCCGCUCGCAGGCGUAUCUUGACUUUUUCGAUGCCCUGGACAAAGAUGGCGGAUUCUUCUACGAGCGAUGGGGCGAUGCGCCUGUCCAUUCUAUUGCCGCAGCGCUCAUGCUCAAGAAAGACGAGCUCCACUUUUUCAACGAUAUUGCGUACUAUCACGUCCCAUUCACCCAUUGCCCGACUGGAGAGCAGUUACGUAUGGACCUGAAGUGCCACUGUAACCCCAAAGAGAACUUUGAUUGGAACGGAUAUUCAUGCACGUCGCGGUAUUUCGAACUCAAUGGAAUCAAGAAACCUGAGGGGUAUGAAAAGGAGCAAUAA